UGUUACUGUUAUAUAAAAUCAAAUAAAAUUUUUGCACAUUUACUGUUACAAACGACACCUUUCUAGUGGCAACAAUUUGAAAUUCUGUCCCGUGACGGUAUAGUGCACAACCCAAAAACUCAUAAAGUUCGGCAUGCAAAUGAAGCUCGAAAAUUCAACGAACUAACCUCUUGGCCUAUAUUGUGCGAUAAACCAAGUCAUUUAGCUAACCGCGCGAUCGGUCAAUUCCCGUUACUUACACAUCACCGCGACGAGUGGCGGAACGGAAAUAUCUUCUGCCUCCUCUCUAUAUGUCAACUUGAACCGGCUUUUUCCGUGUCCUCUUUCAACAGAAAACAAAAACACGCGGCAUAAAAAAAAAGCAAAACCGACGUGAAUCCAUCAGUGAAGUGCGCGCAUCAAGCCCGCACCGGUAACCGGUUAUCGCCCCAUCAUCAAGGUAGCCAUGACCUUGGUCAACAGCAUCGGCAGCGGCGGCCCUUCGGCCGUCGUUUGGUUGCUUCUGCUCUGUUGUCUGGGCAACCACCAGCCUGCUGUGGCAGGUGAAAGCAUCUUCGAUAACAUCAUCAACCAGCUGAUGUCGACGGCGGCUACGGCUCAGAACUACCUGGACACCACAGCUGGACCGCAGCAAAAGCAGCAACAAUCAUUGGUUGAAGAAUCGUCGUUGUACUCGGUGGAUAUCUCUUCAUCAUUUUUGGGAAACGGACUACCGACUGUUGCCAGCUACGAUGAGAAUACGCCCUUUUGGAAUCCGUUCACCUGGUUGAAACCACGGGCCGUUUCCAUCCCGUACAAUCCCGACACGGAUUUGACUACGCCGGAAAUCGCAGUACGCCAUGGCUAUUGGGCCGAGUCGCACACGAUCAAAACAGCCGACGGCUAUCUGCUCACGUUGCAUCGGAUUCCAUGCGGUCGGGUUGGCUGCGCUGGUUCUACCGGUGGCAAGGGUGCCGGCCAACCGGUGUUCCUCCAGCAUGGGCUGCUGUCCAGUUCGGCCGAUUGGUUGUUGAGCGGUCCGGAGAAGGCGUUGGCUUUCAUCUUGGCUGACGCCGGGUAUGAUGUAUGGCUGGGGAAUGCCCGCGGUAACACCUACUCGAGGAAGCACGUGUCGAUGAGCAGCGAUGAGACGGCUUUCUGGGACUUUAGUUGGCACGAGAUGGCCCUGUAUGACAUUCCGGCGGAGAUUGACUUCGUGUAUGGGAUGAGAGAACUUGAGCAAAACGACACCCGGCGGAAUCUGCUGUACGUCGGACACUCGAUGGGUACGACAAUGGCGUUCGUAAUGCUGGCCAGCAAACCGGAGUACAACGACAAAAUCCAGGCGGUGUUUGCCAUGGCGCCGGUGGCUUUCAUGGGCCACGUGAAGAGUCCCAUCCGACUGCUGGCCCCCUUCUCGCACGACAUUGAGAUGGCGCUAAACCAGUUCCCCACUCUUCAUGUUCCCAAUUGGGUAGACGGGGUCGCGACCGACAUCCUCAAGCGAUGGUCGUUGCGUCUGUUGAUGAUCCUGAAGUUCUUCGGAGGCAACGAGUUCAUGCCGCAGAACAAAAUCAUCCGCUACCUGGCCAAAUACGGCUGUGAGCUGACGGAAGCCGAGAAGUAUAUCUGCGAGAAUACCGUAUUCGUGCUGUGCGGGUUCGACAAGGAGCAAUACAACGCCACGCUGAUGCCGGUGAUAUUCGGACAUACCCCGGCGGGAACUUCGACCAAGACGGUGGUCCACUACGCCCAGGAGAUCCACGACAGCGGGAAUUUCCAGCAGUUCGACUACGGUGAGACGGAGAAUCAACGACGCUACGGUCAGGCACUCCCCCCGAGCUACAAUCUGGACCAGAUCACCACUCCGGUUGCGCUGUUCUACGCCAACAACGAUUGGCUGGCGGGACCGGUGGAUGUGGCCAAUCUGUUCAACCGGCUGACGAAGACGUCGAUCGGUAUGUUCAAGGUGCCGAACGACAACUUCAAUCACGUGGAUUUCCUGUGGGGCAACGACGCUCCGGAAGUGGUCUACAAGCAGCUGCUGAUGCUGAUGAAGAGGUACAAAUAGGGUAGUAGAAGUAAUAUAUGCUGGUAAGAAGGUUUGAGGAUCGAGAACCGCAUUUAAAUUCCUAGUGGCAUUUAUACUCCUUAACAUGACAAAUUCGAUGCUUUAAUAUUUUGUUACAUUUUUUUAGGCGAUAGAGUAGUUGAACUCCAGAUGACAAGGAGUUUUAUACAUGCUUAUUAUAUACAUACACUUAUUUGUAGA